GUAUGAGCGCAGCGGCGAGUUGGGACGCGUCUUAAGACAGAAAAGGUGGAGGAGAGGACUCUGCGUAACUUCAUGUUUAUAUCCCUCUCUUAAGGGUAUCCACAGACUUAUCGGCGGGUUUUCCUGGCAGUGAGUCGGCGGAAGAGUCUCAGUGGGUUAGUUGACUUGCGGUCUCGUGGUUAUCGGACAGUCUGCCGUCCCUCCAAUGUGCGUAAAAGGGCUUUGUUUGCUCACCGUCCUGUCUGGACUCGCAGCUUCAGGCGUGCUGCAGGUCAGCGGGAUACAUAUAUACACAUCCGGGGAUGUGGAGGCAGUUAAUGGGACGGAUGUCCGUCUGAAAUGCACAUUCCAGAGUAGCACCUCCAUCAACCCCAAUUUGGUUGUCAUCUCCUGGAGUUUCAGACCCCUGAAACCAGGCAGAGAAGAGUCGGUGUUCCACUACCAGCAGAAACCAUAUCCUCCUUUAGAGGGCAUUUUCAGGAAGCGUGUUGCCUGGGCCGGUGAUGUCAUGGGCCGUGACGCCUCCAUCAUACUUCAACAGGUCAAGUUCACCUACAACGGUACUUACAUCUGCCAGGUUAAGAAUCCGCCGGAUGUCCACGGCACCGUUGGAGAGAUUCGACUCCGCGUCGUCACCACAGCUUCUUUUUCCGAACUUCUCCUUCUGGCGUUAGCCAUCGGGGGCGGUAUCGCGGCUGUGGUCAUCAUCCUCAUCAUCAUUUUGUCCUGCAGGCGGUGCAAGAAGAAAACACAGAGGCAGCUGGAAGGGAAUGAGGAGGCUCCUCGCAAAGAGAGAAAAGACCCCACUGCGUGCCAUCCAGCGAGGGCCAUCCACCUCUACCUAUCACAGACGUCCAUAGAGAUUGACAGUUCAGAUGGCAUGAUUUCAGAAGCCAGCACCAAAGACCCCAGCUCCUCAGAGAGCGAAGGCCCAAGCUCAGACGACGAGGAAGAUGAUGACUCUGACUAAGGAUGUGAGGACAAACAGUGCUACAGAUACACUUACACUAUCCAGGAAGCUCGCUGGAGGGAUGCCCAGAUGGCACCCAUGGAUUACGUACCAUGGUUCUGCUGAUAGGAGAAUAGAUGGAGAGAGUGCUUCUGCUGAGCCGAAAAUGAGCCAAUUGUUCAAGAAUGGAAGGAAAACGGAAAGAAAGUUCUGUUUGAAAGUUUCUGAAUAAAAACAAAGAGACUAGAGCGAUAAAGAUCAAAGCUUUGAAAGAGGAUCAAAAUACAGUAGCUUCGCUUUUAACAGAGCCGAGAAAUCAUGAAGCUGGCUUGGCUACUGUCCUGAAGGGAAAACAAGAAGACUCCCUGUUGUUUCAGACAUGGCUCAGGCCAAGUUUGAGAAGUCAGUAGCAAAAUAAGCCACAGCAUGUAACUGGAAGAAGUAAGAAUUACGUUUUUGUGCAACAAUGAACCACUUAAGACCUUUUUUGCCAUACUUCGCACACCAUUUUUUCGGAUUGGCUUUUAAUUCUCUUAAAACCAGUGUGAACGAUUCAGUGCCAUCUAGUGGUCAGGUUGUAGAUUGCGUCAAACUGAUACCCCUUUGCUCACAAAUCCUUUUCCAAGCCUUUCAGAAAAACAACGUUCUCGUAAGGUAAAGUAAAAAAGCAAAAGGCCCUCUCCAGAAUCAAUGUUUGGUUGGAUGAAACAUGGCGGAGCAACAUAUGAAACACCCAUUCUAAUUAUACACCAUCGAAAUCAUGUUAUAAAUACUUAAUAAAUCACAUCCUACACAUUGGACCUUUAAAAGGACCAUAUCAUUUAAAAUCUUCCAAAGUUACAUGGCAUAAAAGGUCUUGCAUUUUAGUCCGUUAUGCACAACCAUCCUCAUAGCUGCCAGUUACAGAGAACUUGUUAAAAGUAGUUUUAUCUGCCAACAGUAGGCUGUUUCGACUACUUGGAUAAAAGAGAAAAACUGUGAUGUUGCUUUCAGGUUUGAAGGCCAAAUACCACAUUUAAGCACCUGUUCUUAGUGUUUAUGGGAGUGCACAGUCAGAUCUGAAAACCCUUUGAUUGUAAAGUGUCCUUGAGAGCCUGUUUUUUCUCCUUACAUCUGUGAAUGCAUCACAACUACUAACACAUUAAAGUAACACUAGUCUUUCUUUCUUUUUAUGACAAAAUGUUGUAUUGUUAUACUGAGCAAUGUUUUCUAUUUUUUUUAGAUAUGCCAUAAGUAUUUUAUAACGUUGUUUAAAUGUCACUGUAUGUUUGUUAUAGAGCUUUUAUAUAUAAAAAGAUGUUUUAAUGAAAA